CUGGUGAGAGCCCCCAGGCUCUCGGUAUUGCCGCCGCUGGACACCCUAGAGUUUGGGAAGAGGUUUUCGGAUCAUAUGCUCGAGAUUGACUACAAUAUGGCUACUGGAUGGGCGAAGCCACGGAUAAUGCCGAUGGGGGACAUCAAGGUGCAUCCAGCAUCUCCUGUAUUGCAUUAUGCAGUAGGCUGCUUCGAAGGACUGAAAGU